CCCUAUACCAGCCCCAUCACAGUCCUAUACCAGCCCCAUCACAGCCCUAUACCAGCCCCAUCACAGUCCUAUACCAGCCCUAUACCAGCCACAUCACAGCCCUAUACCAGCCCCAUCAUAGUCCUAUACCAGCCCCAUCACAGUCCUAUACCAGCCCCAUCACAGCCCUAUACCAGCCCCAUCAUAGUCCUAUACCAGCCCCAUCAUAGCCCUAUACCAGCCCCAUGGUGGGGUUGGCUCAAUCACAGCCCUAUACCAGCCCUAUACCAGCCCUAUACCAGCCCUAUACCAUCCCUAUACCAUCCCUAUACCAGCCCUAUACCAGCCCUAUACCAGCCCUAUACCAGCCCUAUACCAGCCCUAUACCAGCCCUAUACCAGCCCUAUACCAUCCCUAUACCAGCCCUAUACCAGCCCUAUACCAGCCCUAUACCAGCCCUAUACCAGCCCAAUACCAGCCCUAUACCAGCCCUAUACCAGCCCAAUACCAGCCCUAUACCAGCCCUAUACCAGCCCUAUACCAGCCCUAUACCAGCCCUAUACCAGCCCUACACCAUCCCUAUUCCAGCCCUAUACCAGCCCUAUACCAGCCCUAUACCAGCCCUAUACCAGCCCUACACCAUCCCUAUUCCAGCCCUAUACCAGCCCUAUACCAGCCCUAUACCAGUCCUAUACCAGCCCUAUACCAGCCCUAUACCAGCCCUAUACCAGCACUAUACCAGCCCUAUACCAGUCCUAUACCAGCCCUAUACCAUCCCUAUACCAGCCCUAUACCAGCCCUACACCAUCCCUAUACCAGCCCUAUACCAGCCCUAUACCAGCCCUAUACCAGUCCUAUACUAGCCCUAUACCAGCCCUAUACCAGCCCUAUACCAGCCCUAUACCAGCCCUAUACCAGCCCUACACCAGCCCCAUGGUGGGGUUGGCUCAAUCACUGUCCUAUACCAGCCCUACACCAGCCCUAUACCAGCCCUACACCAGCCCUAUACCAGCCCUAUACCAGCCCUACACCAUCCCUGUUCCAGCCCUAUACCAGCCCUAUACCAGCCCUAUAACAGCCCUAUACCAGCCCUAUACCAGCCCUAUACCAGCCCUACACCAGCCCCAUGGUGGGGUUGGCUCAAUCACAGUCCUAUACCAGCCCUAUACCAGUCCUAUACCAGCCCUAUACCAGCCCUAUACCAGCCCUAUACCAGCCCUAUACCAGCCCUAUACCAGUCCUAUACCAGUCCUAUACCAGCCCUAUACCAGUCCUAUACCAGCCCUAUACCAGUCCUAUACCAGCCCUAUACCAGCCUUCCAGCCCUAUACCCAGCCCUAUACCAGUCCUAUACCAGUCCUAUACCAGCCCUAUACCAGCCCUAUACCAGCCCUAUACCAGCCCUAUACCAGCCCUAUACCAGCCCUAUACCAGUCCUAUACCAGCCCUACACCAACCCUAUACCAGCCCUAUACCAGCCCUACACCAACCCUAUACCAGCCCUAUACCAGCCCUACACCAGCCCUAUACCAGCCCCAUCACAGCCCUAUACCAGCCCUAUACCAGUCCUAUACCAGCCCUAUACCAGCCCUAUACCAGCCCUAUACCAGCCCUACACCAGCCCCAUGGUGGGGUUGGCUCAAUCACAGUCCUAUACCAGCCCUAUACCAGCCCUAUACCAGCCCUAUACCAGUCCUAUACCAGCCCUAUACCAGCCCUAUACCAGCCCUAUACCAGCCCUAUACCAGUCCUAUACCAGUCCUAUACCAGCCCUAUACCAGUCCUAUACCAGCCCUAUACCAGUCCUAUACCAGCCCUAUACCAGCCCUAUACCAGCCCUAUACCAGCCCUAUACCAGUCCUAUACCAGUCCUAUACCAGCCCUAUACCAGCCCUAUACCAGCCCUAUACCAGCCCUAUACCAGCCCUAUACCAGCCCUAUACCAGCCCUAUACCAUCCCUAUACCAGCCCUAUACCAGCCCUAUACCAGCCCUAUACCAGCCCUAUACCAGUCCUAUACCAGUCCUAUACCAGCCCUAUACCAGCCCUAUACCAGCCCUAUACCAGCCCUAUACCAGCCCUACAUCAGCCCCAUGGUGGGGUUGGCUCAAUCACAGUCCUAUACCAGCCCUAUACCAGCCCUAUACCAGCCCUAUACCAGUCCUAUACCAGCCCUAUACCAGCCCUAUACCAGCCUUAUACCAGCCCUAUACCAGUCCUAUACCAGUCCUAUACCAGCCCUAUACCAGUCCUAUUACCAGCCCUAUACCAGUCCUAUACCAGCCCUAUACCAGCCCUAUACCAGCCCUAUACCAGCCUAUACCAGUCCUAUACCAGUCCUAUACCAGCCCUAUACCAGCCCAUACCAGCCCUAUACCAGCCCUAUACCAGCCCUAUACAGCCCUAUACCAGCCCUAUUUACCAUCCCUAUACCAGCCCUAUACCAGCCCUAUACCAGCCUAUACCAUCCCUAUACCAGUCCUAUACCAGUCCUAUACCAGCCUAUACAAGCCCUCUACCAGCCCUAUACUAGCCCUAUACCAGCCCUACACAAGCCUAUUACCAGCCUAUACCAGCCCUAUACCAUCCCUAUACAGCCUAUACCAUCCCUAUACCAGCCCUAUACCAGCCCUAUACCAGCCCUAUACCAGCCCUAUACCAGUCCUAUACCAGUCCUAUACCAGCCCUAUACCAGCCCUAUACCAGCCCUAUACUAGCCCUAUACCAGCCCUACACCAGCCCUAUACCAUCCCUAUACCAGCCCUAUACCAUCCCUAUACCAGCCCUAUACCAUCCCUAUACCAGCCCUAUACCAGCCCUACACCAGCCCUAUACCAUCCCUAUACCAGCCCUAUACCAUCCCUAUACCAGCCCUAUACCAUCCCUAUACCAGCCCUAUACCAUCCCUAUACCAGUCCUAUACCAGUCCUAUACCAGCCCUAUACCAGCCCUAUACCAGCCCUAUACCAGCCCUAUACCAGCCCUACACCAGCCCCAUG